AUGGUACGUUCACUUCCCUUGCUGUUUGCCUGCUUUUUCUGGACAUGGUCACGUCACCGAGAUUGUUGGAUGCCAUUGAACAACAGCAUCGUGGAUUUUGGUUCUGGAACCUGGCAUACCGGCACUUUGAAGGGAGGCGACAACGAUGAAAGUGGUCGAAUUGCUUGGUUGUUUUCCGAGAAGUUGUUGAUGGACUUUGGUCGCCACCAGAGACGAUUAGCUGGCAACUUCGGAACCCAACAACAGCACAUCCACAUCAACUAUCCUCCUCAGAAUUUGUCCGCAGCAGCUUCUAUCAUCAAACCCCUCGAUCCUCAAAAUUCAGAACGUCGGCACCGUCGAGAUACCAAGAAGGGUGCCAACCUCUUCAAGACACGUUGCGCUCAGUGCCACACCCUAGGAGAGGGUGAGGGAAACAAGAUCGGCCCAAACCUCCACGGAUUGUUCGGACGUCACACUGGUCAGGUUGAGGGAUUCUCAUACACCGAUGCCAACAAGGCUAAGGGUAUUGAGUGGAAUACCGGUACCCUUUUCGAGUACCUUGAGAACCCAAAGAAAUACAUUCCAGGAACCAAGAUGGCAUUCGGUGGACUCAAGAAGGAGAAGGACCGUAACGAUUUGAUCACCUUCCUCCGCGAAGAGACCAAAUAG